UCAAAAUUCCCAACUCAAUUCUCAGACACCUAACAACAACCAAGGAACCCAAAGCUAUUCCUCCGAUCUAACUGGGUUCCAAAUCCCAAUGGCUCAAAAUCAAAAUGCAAGAGCAAGACCCACAACCAUUCUCGAUUCCCUUGGCGAAGAAAUCAUUAGAAUCAUCACCCCAGUUUCAAUCUGCAUGUUUUUGGUGGUCAUCCUUGUAUCUGUACUCAACACUGACGCAGAUUCCUCCGCCUCAUCCUUCACCACCAUAGCAUCCGCCGCUUAUUCCGAGAGCGGCUCGGACUCAGCGUGGGACAAGCUCAAAGGUGCCCUUUUGAAUGCCCUCAUAUUCGUUGCUGUAGUUACUGUUGUUACCUUCAUUCUCGUACUCCUGUUCUAUUUCCGAUGCACCGGUUUCCUGAAAUACUACAUGGGUUUCUCUUCAUUUCUCGUCUUGGGGUUUAUGGGCGGUGAAAUUGCACUUUUCUUGAUCCAAGACUUCAGCUUUCCUGUUGAUUGUGUUAGUUUUGGUUUGGUAUUGUAUAAUUUCACUGUUGUUGGUGUUCUUGCUGUGUUUAUGUCAAAGAUGGCGAUUUUUGUAACACAAGGGUACUUGGUUGUCAUUGGAGUGUUGGUUGCUUAUUGGUUUACAAUGUUGCCCGAAUGGACGACUUGGGUGCUUCUCGUUGCAAUGGCAUUGUAUGAUCUUGCUGCAGUUUUGUUGCCUGGGGGGCCAUUGAGGCUAUUGGUUGAGCUUGCAAUUUCAAGAGAUGAAGAUAUCCCUGCUCUGGUUUAUGAGGCUAGGCCGGUUAUCAAUCACGAUUCAGUUCCCAGGGGAACUGUGAUACAAAGGAGAGUGUGGAGAGAAAGAUCCGGGAAUGGUUCCGAUUCAAUUGAGAAUUUAGACGCUAGGCCUGAAUUAAAUCCAAAUUCCAGCUCUAGUUUGGAUUCGUCUGCUAGAAAUGAUCAAAAUGAGACGAAUUUGGUUAGUGCUGAAGAGGGUCGCAGUACAAGGGAAGAGGAUUCCGAGCUCUCUGCUCCACUAAUUCAGCAUAGUAGUAUAACUGCCCGCUUGAAUUCACCGGAGGGGCCAAGAGAUAAUUUUGCACUUGAAGGAGUUGGCUUAGGAUCCUCUGGUGCGAUUAAACUGGGGCUUGGUGACUUUAUUUUCUACAGUGUAUUAGUCGGCAGAGCUGCCAUGUAUGAUUUCAUGACAGUAUAUGCUUGUUACCUCGCGAUUGUAGCUGGUCUUGGCGUUACUCUCAUGCUUCUUGCUUUAUAUCAGAAAGCUUUGCCAGCUCUACCCGUGUCAAUUAUGCUAGGUGUGUUGUUUUAUUUUUUAACUCGAUUUUUACUUGAAGCUUUUGUUGUGCAAUGUUCUAUGAACUUAUUGAUGUUUUAGAAAUAUAUUGGCUAUUGCAAUGUUUAAUGGAUCUAUCAAUGUUUCAGAAAUAUAUUGAUUACUUGGUGGUAAAAUUUGUUGA